GAUGGCGAACCGAAGGUAGAUGUGUUUCAUAGCGAUUUACGCUUGUUUUUCUUUUCGAUAAAAGGGAAAUUCUAAAGAAGCAUGGAUGUUUAUGAUCCAAAUGAUAGUAUUUCAAAAUCUCCGGAUGAUGAUACAAGCCCAGAUAACUCUGAUGGGGAGGAAGAAGGCCAAAUUAGUCGGCUUAAAGAAGAACUAUCUGAGAUUCCUUUUUGUGAACUUGAAGAGCUUAAGCACAGAGUUGGCUCCAAGAGAUACAAUGAAGCAAUUCAUGGUCUCUUUGACAAGAAAGGAACAAAUGCAACAAAGUCACUUAAAAGGGAAAACAAAAACAGGCCAAGAGAAUUGUCAUCAAAGAAACCAGUUCCUAGACUAAGACAAGUUAUUCCAGUUAAAAAACAAAUGGCAAGAGAUCCCAGGUUUGAUGAAUUGUCAGGCAGUUUCAACCAAGAAAUGUUUGAUAAAGCAUACUCCUUCUUAGAUGAUGUAAAGGCAAAUGAGAAGAAGCAAUUACAGAAAGAAAUGCAGAAAACCAAGCAUCCAGAGAGAAAACAUCAGCUGGAGUCAUUACUGAAGAGAAUGGAUCAACAAGAAGCAACGAAGAAAGCUGCAGCUCAAAAGAGAGAAGUAGAAAGAAAGAGAAAGACGGCAGAACUGGAAUUAGUGAAGCAAGGAAAAACACCAUAUUACCUAAAGAAAUCUGAUAAAAAGAAGUUGGAGCUGGCGGAGAAAUUCAAAAAACUGAAAUCAUCAGGAAAGCUGCAGCAAUAUCUCAAGAAGAAAGGAAAGAAAAACACUAGUAAAGAGAGAAAGAAAAUGCCGCACAGAAGAGUCAUGGAGGCGUGAGGAAGGACGAGAGAGUUAUGGGAAAAAAACCAAUAGGCAAUACCAAUCCUAACAAAUAAUGGACGCAUGUGAACUCGGAGCCCGCGAUCAGAGUGCGAGAAAAUCCGCGGAACAUGCGAAUGGACUGAUUUGGUUUUUCAUUCAACAACGUGACGGGAUUCGAUUUUCUUCCAAGAAGUUAUAGGAAAACGUCUCCCAGCCGUGUGACUAAUGGAAAAUAACUUUUUCCGUUAUUUUCUAUGGUGUAUUUUACUUAAUUUAAGCAAGGUUGUCUGAACUGUUAUUAGUUACAGGAGGCGCGUACAUGGUAACAAAUGAACUGGGGGGGGCCCUUCUUUUUUCGGGGUGUGGCGGACGUUUGCUCAGUGGGAAGUUGCAGUUGUUAAAGCUUCCUAGUUUUUUAGUUAAAUUGUCCAAUGUACACAAUAAAUCCUCAAUUUUUAAUGUAA